AUGCGUUCUUCACUGUUCUUGGCUGGUAUCUACGUGCUUGCUGCGACCGUAUCCGGUACAGCAGAGCCUGAGAAGAGGGAUGGCUUGUCGUCCCUAGGCGACAUCCUUUCACCAACCCUGGCUGCCACCGCUCCUUCGACCAGUGAACCGACCACGACUGCUCCAGAACCCGCUACCCAUACUACUGCCGCAACAUCCGCAGAUCCUACUACUUCCGCCGAGCCCACCAAAUCAUCGUCAUCAUCAUCCUCCACAACAUCAACUACAUCCUCAAGCAAGACAUCUUCGUCAACCUCCACGUUAGAACCCCCUUCGACAACAACAGAUCCUGCAGCGGCUAAGACUACCACGACAUCUGACCCUCCAUCCACCACCUCUGCUGCUCCUUCCAGUGAGACUGAUACAACUAUCACCCGAACGACUACCAUUGGCGGUGUUGCCACAACAGAGACUUCCACAUCGUCUGCAUCUUCGACCUCUUCCACUGGCACCUCGUCGCCUUCUUUCAGCUCCGGCUCUUCGGGCGCAAGCAGUGGGUUGAGCAAGAGUGCCAAAAACACCAUCAUCGGUGUUGUUGUCGGUGUGGGUGGUGCAAUUAUUCUCGCGGGUGUCGCUUUUGUUGCCUGGAGAGUCUGGGGACGCAACAAACACGACCCUGAUAAUGACGAAGACGACUUGAUGAGCGCCGGUACUGCUGUCGGUUCCAACCUCCGUGAAAAGGCUCCCAGCCCAGCUUCUAGUGGCACUCCGUUCCGCUCGACUCUCGAUCAGUAUCAUAACCCCGGCCCUGUGAACGCCGCGUCCAACUUUUAG